UGGACAGUACUGACUGAGUCAUCGUCUCCAAAUUUCUCACGAUCACUCUCCCACUGAGCUUCUCAUCGCAAUCUCCAUCAAUGGCUGAAAUUUCCAGUCUCAAACCCGCCAUUUCCAUGCCCCGCUCGCUUCCUACGUCUUUCACCGCGCCUUCUUUGCCGAAUUCCAUCAUUACUCAUGAAGCUUUCCUCUCUCCGAACUCGCUUCCGAUGAGAAUUAAGCUUAAUCGCAUCCCGAUAUCGUCAUUGUCUAGAAGGUUGUUCGUUCCUUCAGUCUCUGGAAUCUGGGACGCCUUAACUGGGGGAAACAACCCCCGCGACGCUGUUGCUGCAAUUCGGCGCGGAAUGCUUCUCUUCAGGCAGGGCGAUGUUUCGGGAUCUUUGGCAGAAUUUGAUAAGGCAAUUGAGUUGGAUCCUCGUCAAAAGGCAUAUCUUUGGCAAAGAGGGCUUUCACUGUACUACCUUGAUAGAUUUGAAGAGGGAGCUGAGCAGUUCCGACUAGAUGUUGCCCAGAAUCCAAAUGACACAGAGGAGUCUAUAUGGUGCUUUCUUUGUGAAGCUCAAUUAUAUGGAGUUGAUGAAUCAAGAAGGCGGUUUCUUGAGGUAGGUAGAGAUUCACGACCAGUCAUGCGGGAAGCUUACGACAUGUUUAAAGAUGGUGGUCAUCCAGAGAAACUUGUUGCUGCCUUCUCAAGUGGCCGUGAGAAUGAAUAUUUUUAUGCUUCUCUAUAUGCUGGGCUCUAUCACGAAUCAGAGAAAGAUCUGGAUGCAGCCAAACAACAUAUAGUUGCAGCCUGCCAGUCUCCUUAUGGACAAAGGUCUGAUGAUUACAUGGCUGCUCUCGCCAAAGUUCACUGCCUCUGUCGAAACUGGAGUUUUAGUUGAAGAACUCUCAGUCAGUUGUUUAAACACCAUAUUCUAUAAAUUUGCUCCUUUUCUUUCCCCUUUUGGGUAAAUUCUAUAUGUUAGACCUUGGAUUUUCAGCAUCGAGGAGGAGAAGGAUCAAACUUGAAUGAAUCUCGGGUCAACUCGAUCAUGAAAAUCUGUAAGAUUGUAAAUCUUAGAUAGACGAUCACCAUAGUUUGAACUUAUUACCUCCACAACUUAUUUAUAUUUUUAUUGGUUCAAUAAUUACUGAGCUAACUCAUCGUGGUUUUAACCAACAUUUGUUGUGGUAAAAGAUUUGUUUUGAGCCGAUCGAAUGAAGGAUCCUACUUAAAAAAAUUUGAUCGGAUUAUUGUA